AAUCCAUCUUCAACAACUUCUUCAACUAUCCAUAAUGGCUGAUAUCUCCAUUCCUAAAACCCCUGUCAUCGAAAAGAAACCCGUCAACUUCUCUAACAUCUUGUUGGGAGCUGCUCUUAAUAUGGCCGAAGUCUCCACCCUUGGACAACCCUUGGAAGUGGUUAAAACUACCAUGGCUGCCAACCGGAAAUUCUCCAUCUUCCAGGCUACCAAACACAUCUGGGCCCGUGGAGGUGUCUUGGGGUUCUACCAGGGAUUGAUUCCCUGGGCAUGGAUCGAGGCCUCCACCAAAGGUGCCGUAUUGUUGUUCGUGUCAGCCGAAGCAGAAUACCAAUUUAAGGUCUUGGGUGCCAACAACUUUCUCGCAGGAAUGGGAGGUGGUGUUAGUGGAGGAUUAGCCCAGGCGUACUUGACGAUGGGCUUCACCACCUGUUUGAAAACAGUGGAAAUCACCCGUACCAAGCAGGCAACAGUUGGGGUCGCGCAGCAGACUUCAUUGCAAGUAUUUAGAGAAAUUUUCCGUAAGGAAGGUAUCAGAGGAAUCAACCGGGGGGUCAAUGCCGUGGCAAUCCGGCAGAUGACCAACUGGGGUUCGCGGUUCGGGUUCUCGAGGUUGGCAGAAGAAAUGAUUAGAAAUGUCACCGGUAAAGGAGACUCUCAACCUUUGAGUGCCUACGAGAAGAUCUUGGGAUCAGUGAUUGGUGGGGGGUUGAGUGCCUGGAACCAGCCCAUCGAAGUGAUCCGGGUGGAGAUGCAGAGUAAGACCAACGAUCCAAACAGACCUAAGAAUUUAGGUGUGUUGGGGGCUGCCAAGUACAUUUACGGCCAGAGUGGUGUCAUGGGAUUGUACCGGGGAGUGGUUCCAAGAAUCGGGUUGUCGGUGUGGCAGACGGUGUUCAUGGUUGCAUUUGGGGAUAUUGUGAAGAAUUUGCUCAAUGUGCAAGCCGCAGGACACUAGUGGCUAGGAUAGGAGUACGUAUUUAUUCACAUCAUUGCAGUAG